CUCAUCGAAAAGUUACUACCGAUUUCCGAUUUAAAACUUUUUUAUUUUUGAAGGAAAUUCGUAUUUCAAUAGUUUUAAUCUCAAUUUCCUACAUUUUUAGCAUAAUUUAAUCAAUGUUUUAUAAAAAAAAUUGCACAUUUUUAUAUCACAUAAAAAUGCUCCACAGAACACAAUUUUUUAAAAAAAUCUCGUUCUGUGAAUAAUCUAUGUCAUAGGUCAGGGAUUUUUGUUUCUUUUUCUGGCUCUGGCAAAUGAAAUGAAAUGGCAUUUAUUUUUAAAAGGUUAACAAUAGAAAAUGUCGGCUUGUGGAAACGUUUAUAUCAAUUAACUCCAAAUCAAUAUUGUUUAGCUUCCAAAAAGAUGAGUUCAGAGGUCGACAAGGCCAUAGCGGCUAAAAAUGAAAACCAAAAAGAAACUAUUUUCGAUAAAAUAAUAUCCAAACAGAUUCCAGCCGAUAUUAUUUUCGAAGAUGACAAGUGUUUGGCGUUUAAUGAUGUUAAUCCACAAGCACCUGUUCAUUUUCUAGUGAUUCCAAAAAAAAGAAUCCCAAAAUUGGAUGAUAGUACUGAUGCUGAUACAAAUCUCCUGGGUCAUGUUUUAUUAACUGCUAAGAAUCUUGCCCAGAAAAAGCUUCCAAAUGGUUAUAGGCUUGUUAUUAAUAAUGGUUCAGAUGGUUGUCAGUCAGUGUACCAUUUGCAUGUACACAUAUUGGGAGGAAGACAGAUGAAGUGGCCCCCAGGUUAAUGAAAUUUAUAUUGCUUUGUUGUUUUUCUUUAUUGUAUUAAGACAUUGUUUUAGUGUGAAUGUUUUAAUACAUGUUUAAUACAUCUACCAAAUUAUUGUUUUAUUUAAAAGAAAAUGACUAAUACUAUUAGUCACUUAAAUAUAAUUUUACAAAUAUUUAUUAGUAAAUCAAUAUUGUACAAGGUGAAAAAAUCUUUAUGAACACACAUUGCAGUUUAACAAAAAAACUAAUUCCUGUUAUUUAUAAAUGUCUGUUAUACUAAUUAGUUAAGGCUAUUAAUGCAUUAACUACAUUUCCGUGAUAUUCUCUAAGAGUUCUUUCGGCUAAAAAUCUCGAUAUCUCCAUUUCCUUUACAAUCAAAUCUACAUCUUCCUUUUUGAUAGACACUUUCAGUAAUUCUUUCUCCCUCGCCUGUUUUUCUAAUGCGUCUUUGUUCCUUCUAUCUCCUAUGGCUGAAAUCGCAUUCGCCACGUCUUGGGUAGAUAUUUCUUUUUCCUCAGCAUAAUCUGUAACUUUUUCUAGAUCUGCAGCCCCGCUGUCAUACUUGGCGACUUUUUUUUGGUUUUUCUCCUUUUCCGGCAACUCUUCAUCGUUGCCGUUAACAGGUUGAUCGUCUGCCAUUGUGUGUUUGUUUAAAAUUUUAUUUAUAUAUAUGAAAAUUAAAUCAUUAGAAUUUAAAAAGAAUGUCUAUUUUAUUUUAUAACUACAGACUUGCGUGUUUUGCAACAAAUUCAGACAAUUUUCU